AUGGCGAUAAUGGCAACUAAUGCUAUGCUUUCACUCUCACUCUCCAUAUGCACUUUCUUCAUCCAAACGGUACUUUCUUCAUCGACAGAUUCAUUCGUCUUUGGAGGCUGCAGUCAACCACAAUACACACCCAACUCACCCUUCGAGUCCAACCUCAACUCGCUACUCACUUCCCUUGUCAACUCAGCCACUUACUCCUCCUACAACAGCUUCACCAUCAUGGGCUCAACUCCCCAAGACGUCGUCUACGGCCUCUACCAAUGCAUGGGGGAUCUCGGCGUCGGCGAAUGCCGGGAUUGUUUGUCUGAGGGGAUCGGACGGUUGAAAAGCGAAUGUUGGGCGGCGGUUUACGGCGAUUUGUACUUGGGGAAGUGUUAUGCACGGUUCUACACCGUCGGGGCUUGGGGAAUUGCAGCUAAAAGACGUUCGCCAUCGUCAUUGGAUUAUUUGCUGGUAAUGGGAUUGCUGUCAUCGCCAUUUUUCAUGCUUUCCUAAAGAAAGGUGACGGAAAAUGGUUA